AUGUUUCGUGCUAAUAAUUUUGACAAAUUACUAGAUAAAGCGACAAGUAAUCUACGCCUAGACCCUGAUUGGCCCUCUAUCUUACAAAUUUGUGAUUUAAUAAGACAAAAUGAUUGUUCACCCAAAUAUGCGAUUACGGCCAUUAAAAAGAAGCUAUAUUCCCAGAACCCUCAUCAGGCUAUGUUUGCUCUCUUAGUGCUAGAGAGCAUAGUGAAAAACUGUGGUCCCGGUGUUCACGAUGAAGUGGCUUCAAAGCCGUUCUGUGAGAUGCUGCGUGAUUUGGUAAAAACAACACAGCAUGAGAACUUGCGCAACAAAAUUCUGGAUUUGAUACAAGCCUGGGCGUUUGCUUUCCGAAAUACACCCAAAUACAGAGCUGUCCAGGAUACAGUUAAUAUUUUGAAGGCAGAAGGGCACAAAUUUCUGCCGUUGAAGGAAUCCGACGCUAUGUUUGCUGCAGACAUAGCCCCAGAAUGGGCUCAAGGAGAAGUUUGCCACAGGUGCAGAGUUGCGUUUUCAUUGAUUAUGCGUAAACACCACUGCCGUGCUUGCGGACAAGUGUUCUGUCAGCAGUGUAGUUCCAAGACAUCCACAUUACCUAAAUUUGGUAUUGAGAAAGAAGUCAGAGUCUGUGAUGCCUGUUUCGAUAAAGUAAGCCGACCGCCAUCUUCUACUGCAAAGAUAGAAAUUGUUGAUACUGCAAGUGACUAUGGGCCUGCAUCGCAGCCACAGAAACCGCCAGGCAAAACCGCUGAGGAACUCCAAGAGGAGGAGGAAUUGCAGCUGGCUCUCGCGCUCAGUCAAUCCGAAGCCGAACACAAGGAGAAAGAACGUAAAUCUCGCUCGUACAUUGCGCCUGAAACCAGUUUGCAUCCGACAAUAUCGCCGACCCCGUCGUCAGUGAGCGCUUCUCCGGACCACAGCACAACGACCAACACUGAACUAUCGCGGUAUUUGGACAGAAAUUAUUGGGAACAGCGACUGACGCGUGAUACAGCCAACGCGCCGACCGCGCCGUCUUCACACGGCACCAGCGAUAUAGCCGAGCCAGAAGUUCCUAAACCCCUGACCAAAGAACAAGAACAAGAAGAGGCGGAAGACAAAGAAAUUGACGACUUCGUUGAAUCACUCAAAUCUCAAGUAGAAAUAUUUGUAAAUAGGAUGAAGAGCAACUCUUCUCGUGGACGAUCAAUCACCAACGACACAUCUGUCCAAACCCUGUUCAUGAACAUAACGGAGAUGCACUCUAAACUUUUGCGCUACAUUCAGCAGCAGGACGACAAACGGGUCUACUUGGAGAGUUUACAGGACAAGAUAACCCAGGUGCGCGAUAGUCGCGCGGCUUUGGACACGCUGCGUGCGGAACACGCGGCGCGACUGGCGCAAGCGGCCGAAGCGGCUGAGAGACAACGCCAGAUGCAAAUGGCGGCAAAACUGCAGGCCAUGAGGAAAAAGAAACACGAGUACCUGCAGUAUCAACGACAAUUAGCACUACAGAGGGUGCAGGAGCAAGAAAGAGAGAUGCAAAUGAGACAAGAACAGCAGAAGCACCAAUACAUGAUGUCUGCAAACAGCGGAUACUACAUGCCUGGAGUUUCUAUGAUGCAUUACCAACCAGCGGCAGGCGGCUAUCAGAACCAACCAGCCUAUGCCCAUCCUCAGUACAACCCGCAAAUGAUGCCCCAAGCUACUACCGAUGGAACUGUCCCAAUGCCUGGCCAACCCCAAAUGUCACAAGCCAAUGUACCAUUGAACCCUAACCCAAUGGGGGCUGCAUCACAAUCAAUGCCACAAAUGACUAACACAUACGCAAUGCCCACAUCGGGUGCGUUAAGUCAAACCCCGACCAGCCUCCAAGCUCCGAUGAACCAGCCAAAUAUCCGACCAGUAAUGAGCCAACAGCUACCUAUGCAACAACAGAUGAUGAUGCAAAUGCAACAAAUGCGCAUGCCCAACCAAUCCGGUUUACAAAUCAUGCCACCGAAUAUGCCAAACGGUCUCACCGGCCAAAACAUUCCUCAGCAGAAUCAACAACCCAAUCAGUUACCAAAACAAAAUUUACCAAACCAACCCCAACAAUCACCAAUGAUGCCCCCAAUAACCAUCAGCCAACCAUUGAACCAACAGUCAAACCCUAACAAUCCAAUGUAUGGAAUGCAAAUGCCAAACAUGAGAAUGCCCCUGAUGCAGGGCCCAAUUAACAGCCAAGUUCCAGUAUCCGGGUAUCCAAUGAAUGUCCAGAAUCCUCAAAGCAAUCAACAAUCCGGACCACAGAUGCCAAAUAUGCAACAAAUGCCGCUGCCAGGGCAACCUAUGCAGUUACCUGGCCAACAAAUGGGUCCGCAAAUGAUGCAGGGUCAGUUACCUGGACAAAAUCCACAGUUACCUCCAGGCCAAACUCAAGUCCAAGGACCACAAAUGCAGCAACAACCUCAGAUGACACAAAGCCAAACAAUGCCGGGCCAUCCGACACAGCCGCAAGGUCAGCAAUCGAUGAUGCAAGGACAGCCAAUGCAAGGGCCCAACAUGCAACAACCAAAUCAGCAAGUAAUGAACCUGGGUCAGCAAAUGCCCCCGAAUAUGACAGGCAAUCCACAAGGACAACAAAUGUCACAUAACAUGGUGGCAGGUGCUAUGCCUCAACAGGUCCCACAAAUGUCUCAACAAGGCCAGAUGCCUCAACAAAUGCCUAGCCAAAACCUACAACAGGAAAUGCCCCAAAACAUGCAAGGCCAACCUAUGAAGGUGCACCAAAGCUUUGGUAAUUUACCACCCAACCAACAACCGUUAGCACAGAAUCAACAACCACAACAAGUCCAGACAUCCAAAAAGUCUGAAAACAACAAUAAUACUGCAGAACUUAUAAGUUUUGAUUGAAGCGAAUUAAUUCUGGUCUGUGAAGAAAUCUAUUUAUUAGACUGUUUUAUUGUAAUUUUGAGAAGAAUAUUCAUUAACUUUGCAAUUCACUUAGGAAUGUGAUAUGGUGUUAAAUUUUUUCUAAUUUUAAGCAAGUACUCAUUCAACUUAUAAAAAUUUUUGAUGUUGCUCUAUUAAUAAAAUUAGUAUAUUGUUCAUCCCGUGUCCCAGGAAAUUAGGCUGGCCGCAUAUUGCUUAAGUUUCUAGUAUUGGCUUACAAGAGAGCCCAGCCGUCAUAGCAUCCAUAACGUUGUGCGCGUAUGAUCGAUCUAAUUGCAGGUGAUUAUUUUUCUGACAAGUAGUCGGUGUCGCGAAGAAAGUACUUUGAACUAUUGGAUAUUCCCAACUAAGUCCUUAAUAAAACUGAUGAGUCUCAGUCGACCAACGCUUAAGAGGCAGGCGCCAAUGUGCGGUCAGCCUAACACAAACAUCACAGCCUCACUAUAAACAAUGAUGCACAGGCAAGUAGUCAAAAUAGGAGAUAAAAGGCCUUGUAAUCUAUGUAAAUGUGCUAAAAUGUAAAAAAAAUAUGUCUUAUGUAGUUUAGAUAAUAUUAAUAUAAAAUAAAAAAAUAUAUUAUAGAAAUUCUAAAAUAUUUUAUUUUUCUUUGCAUAUAAUAUUGUUUUGUAAUAUUUACAUCUAAGUUAUGGUUUAUUAUGUAUGCUGCAAAUAAAAUAAUACAAAAAUA